AUGGCCUCUAUCGGAACGCUCUAUAUCACAGAAACCCAACCGCAUGUCAAGCGCAUUCGUGCCACUGCGGCCCUUGCUGGGUUGACAUUGGACCCGACUCCCUCGGACUAUGUUCACAACCAGACGAACAGGACUCCCGAGUACAAGGCCAAGUUUGCGUCUGGCAAGAUCCCUGCCUUCGAGAGCAAAGAUGGCUUCACCCUGUUCGAGGGCAGCGCCAUUGCCCGCUACAUUGCUUCGCUUUCUCCCAACUCUGGAUUGUUGGGAACUUCCCCGACCGAUGCGGCCCUCGUCGACCAAUGGGUGUCGUACAUCGAUUCCGAGGUCCUGAGCAAAGGAUUUAGUCUCUAUGGACUGUUACACGGCCAGUUCCCUUACAACAAGCCAUACGAGACCUUCUUGCGCGAAAAGAUUCAUGACGGACUGACUGUGCUCAACACCCACCUCACCCACAACACUUUCUUCCUCCCCACCAACCGCAUCUCCUUGGCUGAUAUCACUGCUGCCGCUGUCUCCAACGUACUUUUCGAGACCUUUUUGGGCCCGGAUGAUCGCGUCAAGUACCCUGGUAUCCAACGUCUGCUCGAGACCGUGGCCAACCAGCCCAAGCUCAAGGAUGUAUUUGGCACCAUCAAGUACGCCGACGCUCCUCUCCAAUAUGUUCCUCCCAAAAAGGAGAAGCCCGCUGCUGCUGCUACUCCUGCCGCACCCAAGGCUCCAAAAGAGAAGAAGCCAGAAAAGGACGAUGAUGACGAUGAGCCGUUGGUCCCCGCUGAGCCCAAGGCCAAGAACCCGCUCGACGACCUCCCCAAGAGCGCGUUCAACCUCGAGGACUGGAAGCGUGCCUACUCGAACAUGGACACCCGUGGUCCAGGUGGAUCUUUGGAGUGGUUCUACGAGAAGUUCGAUCCCGAGGGCUUCUCUAUCUGGCGUGUGGACUUCAAGUACAACGAGGAGCUGACGCAGACCUUUAUGAGCUCCAACCAGAUCGGUGGAUUCUUCAACCGCUUGGAAGCGUCGAAGAAGUACCUAUUCGGGUCGGUCGGGGUUCUCGGCGAGGCGAACAACUCGCGCAUCGCCGGAGCAUUCAUCUUGCGAGGCAAGGACUACAAGCCCGUUCUGGACGCUGCUCCCGACUGGGAGUCGUACGAGUACAAGCAGAUCGACCUCUCGAACCCUGAGGACAAGGCGUUCUUCGAGGCUGCGCUUGCAUGGGACCUGGAGAUUGACGGCAAGAAGUGGGCGGAUGGCAAGAACUUCAAGUAA